GCGGGUUCCCUGUACUGUGCUGGCCGAAGCGGGGAAUCAUGGCAGCUAAUGAAAACCAGAAACACUCUGUGUUGGAUUUAUGUGACAGAUUAUUGACAGAUGAAAGAAAUCAGACCUCAAUAAUUGAUAAAAUUGCAAAGCGAAAUACUGAGCUGCUGGAAGAGAUCCGAAAGCUUGAAGCUGAGUUACAAAUAAACACCAGAAACUUCCAGAUUAAAGAGGAUAUUCCUGAGACAGUGAUAAAAUUCGCAUCUGUAGAAAAUCCUGAGAAUGACAGCCAGUUUUUAAAUGUCUCCUGUUCAUUUCAAGUAGCCGUACAAGUACCUUAUGAAUUACAGAAAGGAGAAGUUCUCAUCACCUUUGAACAGGAGGAAGUUGCCCAAAAUGUGAUAAGAAUGGGAAAACAUCAUGUGCGGAUAGAGGAUAAAGACGUGGAGGUUGUGGCCCAACCGGUUUCAUUAAACUCAGGCGUCAGAUUCCAGGUUCACGUACAAGUGUCAAAAGUGAAGAUCAAUGUUAAUGGAAUUCCUGACGGAUUGCCUGCAGAUCAGAUGAGAGACAAGUUAGAACUCAGCUUUUCUAAGUCCCGAAAUGGGGGUGGAGAGGUGGAGUGCGUGGAGUAUGAUAACCAGUCCCAAAGUGCUGUCAUCACAUUUGUGGAAAUCGGAGUUGCUGACAAGAUUUUGAAAAAGAAAGACUUUCCUCUGUAUGUAAAUCAAAACUGCCAUAGAGUUACUGUUUCUCCAUAUAUAGAAACACACUUGGAAAAGUUUCAGGUAUUUUCAGGGAUAUGUCCCAGGACUGUGCUUCUGACUGGAAUGGAAGACAUUCAGAUGGAUGAAGAAACUGUAACGGAUUUAGUUAACAUUCACUUCCAGCGGAAGAAGAAUGGUGGUGGGGAAGUAGAUGUGGUUAAAUGUUCUCUAAGCCAACCUCAAAUAGCAUAUUUUGAAGACGAGACUUAUGGAAUCGUAUGAAAAUUAUAACUCCUGAGCCAAAAUCACUGUAAACGUUUGACAAAAAUGGGUGUCCUUUUCCUUAAAAAAAUUGAAAUGUUUAGUUCUUUAGUGUUCAGUUAUUUUAAGACACAAAAUGUAUUUCUGUAAUUUUGAUUUCUUUCAAACUGUGCUGUGUGUUUAAAAAUGCAAUAAGUGCACUGUCUUAAAAAGAGUUUUGCUCAUAAAUUACGUGGACUGGUGCCACGUCUGCCAAAAUCAACCUUAAGUGACUGUCAUGGAUUGAGUUGUGUCCCCCCAAAAUAUCUGUCAGCUUGGCUGGGUCAUGAUUCCCCGUGUUGUAUGACUGUGUAAUCUGACGUGAUUU